GCCAUUUUUGUUUUGAUCUCUUGCACCAAAAGCUCGUCUUUUUGUUGAAUUUUAUUAAAGGCAUGAAAAAUAGCUAUCUCAACAAUUUUCUUCAUACAAUUCAUUGCUAAAUCGAUACAGUGACUGUUUCUAAGUUGUUUUAUGUGGCCAAAAGUGAGCACUGAAGAUCUCUCAAUUGUUUUUAGUUGAUUGUGUUUUUUUGUUGUUGUUGUAGUUCUGACUCGCAACACCCUAAAUGCCUUGGUGGCUCUCUUAAGAUUGUUAUUAUGAUACAAAAGUAGCAGAUUCAGCCUCCCAAAAGGCAUCAAAUUAAGAUGCACUAUCUAGAAGUUUUGGGAUUGCUUCUUGCACUACACACAGUAGUAGCGUGGGACAAAAAUCAAAUAUAUGUGCCACAUGCCAAAGGAGCCCCAUUGACAGUCAGUCAAUUUACAACAAACACAACAGAUCAUCUCAAACUCCUCCACAGUCAGCCUGGGAGUCAAUCAGUGCUUGUUGGUGGGCGCAAUGCGCUCUAUAAUAUCAGUGUAACCGAUGGGGGCGCUCUUGGACUCAGUGGAAGCAUACAAUGGGGCUCAACAGAUGCCCACAGAGAGCUAUGUUUACUCAAAGGAAAACAACAUAGUGACUGUCAGAACUAUAUCAGAAUCUAUGCUCAAGUUAAUACUCAAAAGGCAUUGAUAUGCGGAACAAAUUCCUACAAACCAAUGUGCAGGCACUUCAAUUUGCCACUGGAUGGCGCUGGCGGAGGUGACAAUGAAGAGGCUCAGGGCCGUUGUCCCUACAGCCCUACUCACAGUUCAGCCUAUACCUUUGUCGAUGGUCAUCUGUUUACGGGCACCGUAGCUGAUUUCUCGGAGAGUGAUGCCCUGAUCUAUCGUGAACACCAACGCACCGAACAGUAUGAUCUUAAGCAACUCAAUCAACCGGCCUUUGUCAGAGCAACAGCCUACAGUGACUACGUCUUCUUUGUAUUCCGGGAGAUUUCUAUGGAAUUCAUGAAUUGUGGCAAGGCCGUCUAUUCACGCAUCGGCAGGGUGUGCCGGACCGAUAGAGGAGGUCCGGGUAUUUUUAUUGAUCGUUGGACAUCAUUCCUCAAAGCCAGGAUCAAUUGUAGUCUUCCUGGGGAUUAUCCAUUCUACUUUGACAAUGUCAUUGCAAUGACUGAUAUUGUCAAUGUUGAGGGUGAAGAUGUUAUAUAUGGUGUGUUUAGAACACCAGAAAAUUCCAUAGAGGGCAGUGCUAUCUGCGCUUUUCGCAUGGUAGACAUCAUUGAGGCAUUUGAAGGACCUUUCAAGGCACAGAAGGACUCAAGAUCCAGUUGGUUGCCUGUGUUUCCGAAUACCCUACCGACGGACCCGAGACCUGGCCAAUGUGUUGAGGAUUCACGAACUUUGCCUAGUUCUACAGUGAAUUUUGUGAAGAAUCAUCCAUUGAUGGAACGAGCAGUUCCAGCAAUGAAUGGAGAACCAUUACUAGUGACAACAGGUCGACAGCUGGAGAGUGUAGUUGUAGUGCAGCAAGUAGGUCCCAAUGGGAGGAAUUAUAGUGUUCUAUUUGCUGGUACAAGGGAUGGAAGUCUUCUAAAGUUCUAUACUGAAGUUGUUGAUGGAACUGUGAAGACGACGAUUGUGGCUGAAUGGCAGAUUUUGCCACGGAGGCAGGUAGUGAGCGAAUUAACAGUAGUUGGGGAUCAGUGGAUAGUAGCAGUUAGUGGUGGAAUGAUGGUGAGUGUAAGGGUUGAGGAUUGUGGCAAUUGGACAAGCUGUGGAGCUUGUCUGACGGCCAGGGAUCCAAUGUGUGGAUGGAAUGAGGGAUCGAGAGCAUGUGAGAAGGUUAGUGGAAUGUAUGAUGGUGGUAGGACGUUGCUACAUGCGAUGGAUGAUGAGGAAAUUGUUAGGAGUAUCUGUCCGGAUGAUAAUUGGAUUGAGGAGAGGGUUGUAACACGUGGAACCGUUAGUAAUGUUGGUAGGGAACCUGAAACGGACUAUUUGGUGCAUCAACAUAAGAAUACAUCUUGCCCCAAUGGAGGUCCUGAUGUUAUUCUAGCUGGUGCCUAUUCGGCUCAAACAAUGGCAAUAGCCCUUGUGGCUGUUGCUGCUGUUGCCGUAGCUGUAGGGGCACUUGUAGGGAUUGUAGUGGGACAUAGAUGUAGAUUAGAGUGCCCUCUGGCUACUGGACCACUCGAACACCAUCGCAAUCAACUAACGUGGUCCGCUAAAUCACGUCAUUUAGCUCACAGUAAAGAUGUCAAUCUACUUAUGAAUGCCAAUCAUCUCUAUUCUCCACCAUCACCACACAGCGCCAUCUUUGGACCGCACGAUACACCACAACCACCAAGGAAGGUUGACAAUUUAGGUUUGGUGGAUCUCGAGGGUAUGGAUGGUAAGGAUAGGAGGCAUGAGAGUAAAAAUAGUACAGAAAGUCUCGAGAAGGACCCAAAUAAUUUCAAAACUGAUACAUUGAAAAAGGUUAAGAAGACGUACAUUUGAUGUGGGAAUUGACAGAGGUAUGUUUUCCUAAAUGGAAGUCGAAGAGAACUAUUUGGUCUGGUUUCUGUUCUUCAAUUUUCUUUUGUUAACGAAAGUUUCGAUCUUUGAUUGUAGUGGUACUGUUGAACCUAGUGGAAAUGAAAAGAAUAAGUCCGUCCUGAUGAAGACUCUUCUAAGCUAAAAAAUUCAGGCUGAUCUUCGGAAAUAUUUAACCUGUAAAAUUUGACAAUAAAGGAUUAGCUAAAGGAAAACUGUGCAAAAGACCUCUCUAAUCGAUAAUCUUACUGAUAAAUUUCCAGGCUAAAUAUUCUCGGGGAUCAGUCUGAGCCUAUCAGAGCCCUAACGAUAGCAAUGAAUACUCAUUUGGUGUGUUGAGUCUGAGAGGUCUGAGAAGUGCUUUGGCGACUACUGGCACUAUAGCUAGUCUCCGCUAUGGGACGGUAAACGUCCGAAACAUUAUCCCGAAAAGCGUGUUCGAAUUUCGAAUCAGCUCCUAAGUCGAUCAUCACUAGUAAAGAUAUGAGGAAGUAAGAUUUGUAGCUGUAGGCCUUUCGGAAUACGCAAUUUAAGAGUCUGACCAAGACCACUCCAGAACCUUUCAGUACACGAUUUGUAGCGUACUUGCUACAAGAUAUUAUCAACUUCAAGGCAUUAAAGCAAUCUUUAGAAUAACUUUUUAAAUCAUUAAUCGCUAGCUGAGGAAUGGCCAUCAUCAGAUGAGUUUCUGACCGUUGUUCUUUUAAUUGUUUUGAUGCUCAGAAGAUCCUAUUCAGGAUCGACACAAUCAAAAUUGCAGAACAGAAACCAAACCAGAAUUCUCUCUUUGACUUCCACUGUAUCCCAUGUCGGAAUCCAACAGUAUAUUUCCCUGAAUUUUCUAAAUGACUAUUCAAAGACAGACACCCUCCAUAUUGUCGUGAUAUUUGAGGCAUGAAACACGCUAAUACAUCCCUCAAUUCUGAGAUUAAUCUCUAGGCCUGGAAUCUUGGAAUUGGGCCUUUAAGAACUGAAUUGUAUUCUCCAUUGAAGAUGUUUAAUUUUAAAUUGUAAAAUUUCUUUUUGAGUCUUUUAAAUGCAAUAAAAAUAAAAAUUUUAAAAUUA